AUGUUAUUAUAUACAGCUAGUACACUGAAUUCCCUUAUAUUAUACAGUUUAUAUCUUACUGGAUACCUUAUAUCUGAAAUACUGUUAAAUGACAAUAUGCCUAAUGAGUUGGAUAGCCUUAAUACUAAAGAAUAUGGGAGAUUAAUUUCAAAAAAUGAAUCAUACCGAUUGAAGAUGGAUACUCGGUUUUCAAUAAAGUAUUAUGGUAUGUAUUAUAAUUCACUUAAUAUACUAUCAACAGGUAUUAUAGGUAUAGGAGCAUCAUUCCUUCAUGCUGGAUCAAUGAAAAAAAUUGAAGCUUUUAAUGGACAAGAAAAAGAUCAUGAAGUGCAGACAAUUAGCAAUGAAGUAUGCUCAGAACAAUCAUACUGUGAAGCAUGCAAUAAUGCUUCAAACUUAAAUAUAAAAUGCUAUUGGUGUCCCAAAAUUAAUAAAUGUAGUCAUGGCUACGAUAUUCACAGACCAUUGUGGAUUAUGAAUAGUUGCAAAAAUGAAAAUACAACAAAUUGUAUGAAGUUGACCACUGUGAAGUCAAGUCAUGAAGAAGAAACGAGUUAUAUAUCAACCGAGCAACAUUACUCAACCAUUACAUUAUACGACAAUACUAAAAUCUAUACGAAUACAAUUCUAGAAGCCACUACAGAGAAUAAAUUAACCUUGACAACUACACAGCAUAGUUCUCAACCAUUCAACUAUACGCAUACAUCUGAUGUUUAUCAACAAUUCAGUCUUCCGCCAUAUUUAUUUAUUGUGAUACCAGGUGCAAUAGCCGCCAGUUUUCUUACCAUUUCAUGUGCUAUUUGGCUAUUUGUGUGUAAACACAGAAAAUAA